GCAGAAGCCAGCUCACAGUCUCGAAAAACUACCUAUGCAGCACAUAUGCGCGCGCAUGUCUCAACCUCUAGUUUAUCAUGUUCGAGCUUCGUCAGUGGGGCAUUAACCAAAACAAUACCCCACCAAAUAUACCAUGUGUUAUAUGGUCUUCUUGAUCCACACCUCAUAUAUAACUCCUCCGAACAUCUCGAUCAUACCAUCGUAGAACAGUGGCAAUGUCCCCUGCGACUCCCUCCCGCAAGCAUUCCAUCGCUUGUAUACCUGCAGACGGCAUUGGGCCCGAAGUCAUUAGUGCAGGCGUCGCCGUCCUGAAAGAACUUGCUGCCCUGGACGGCACAUUUGAGCUCAUAUUCACAAACUACGACUGGAGCUCUGCGACAUAUAAGAAGAGUGGCAAAUAUAUACCCGAUGGCGGCCUUGAGAGUCUCAAGAAGCAUGAUGCGAUUCUAUUCGGCGCCGUGGGCGCCCCAGAUGUCCCCGAUCAUAUAAGCCUCUGGGGUCUGCGCCUCGCAAUCUGCCAACCACUCCAACAGUACGCGAAUGUGCGACCAACGAAGAUCUUCCGUGGCACACAGUCUCCACUACGUGCCACGUCCGCCGGUGAUCUUGACUGGGUGAUUAUACGCGAGAACAGCGAGGGUGAAUACGCGGGCCAAGGAGGGCGGUCACACGUCGGGCAGCCGUGGGAGACUGCAACUGAAGUAAGCAUCUUCACUCGACAUGCUGUAACGAGAUUACUGGAGUUUGCUUUUGAAAUGGCGCGGAAGAGGCCAAAGAAGCAUAUAAUUGUUGUGACGAAGAGUAAUGCGCAGCGCAAUGGUAUGGUCAUGUGGGAUGAAAUCGCGAGUAGUGUGGCAAAGAGAUUUCCGGAUGUGACAGUGGAAAAGAUGUUAGUAGACGCAAUGACGUGUAGGAUGGUGCUACAGCCGAGCAGUAUCGACACUAUUGUCGCGACGAAUCUGCAUGCUGACAUCCUGUCCGACCUUGCGGCUGCAUUAGCUGGAAGUAUCGGUAUUGCACCAACGAGUAAUUUGGACCCGACAAGGCAGAACCCGAGUAUGUUCGAGCCGAUCCAUGGGAGUGCGUUUGAUAUCACUGGUAAAGGGAUCGCAAAUCCGGUGGGUACAUUCUGGACGGCGGCAGAGCUGUUGAAAUGGCUGGGUGAGGAAGAGGCGGCGGCCAACAUGAUGGAGUGUGUGGAGAACGUGUGUGAGGCUGGAAUUCUGACGAGAGAUCUGGGUGGCAAGGCAGAAACGAAAGAAGUUACGGAGGCGGUAAUUGCGGAGUUGAGAAGAUCAUAUCUUCUUGCUAAGAAGGAUUGAAUCCCUUUGAAGUUGCCGGUGUUGUAGACUGUUCAUAAGUCCACUGCAUUGGAUAUGCUUUUCACUUGGCCUGAUAUCUUGACCUCACUGGCGGAAAACCAAGGUAGCUAUCAAGUACAUUCGCAGCUAUAAGGUUUCUUUUGAACAAUCAGGGAUAUCAUCAAUGGACUUGACUUGGAUCUCGUUUCUGCCAGUUGACUUUCUUUGAAGCGCUAAGCUUGUUGGGUAACUAGAGCACG